CUCUCUCAUCUCUCUCUCUCCCCCUCCCCACCAGCAGCCCCGCUUGUCUUGCCUUCCUCCUCCAUCCAGCCCUGGCGGUGGUGGCGGUGUCGGCGGGGAUGGGCAGCGAGAGCGCGCGCAGGAGCAGCCCGGGCUCCGCCGCUCCCCGCUGCGCCCGCACUUGCUCUUCCUCCUCCUCCUCCUCCUCCUCCUCCUCUUCCCACUGCUGCUGCUGCUCCUCUUCUUGCCCCGCUGCCCCCAGGGCGGCGCCUCGGAUGCGCUCCCGCCUUUUCCCGACGCGGACGGAUCAAAUUAUGACAUCAUCAUCCAAAGGGAUUUUCCGGCCAUUCCUGUUUAUCUUUAUUGUUCUGGGCUUCUUUAUGACAUGCCUGCUUAUUUAUAUCAAGCCGACAAACAGCUGGAUCUCCAGCCCCAUCGAAUCAGCAAGCUCAGUUCUGAAAAUGAAGAACUUCUUCUCUACCAAAAGUGAUUAUGUCAACGAGACGACUAUUCUGAUAUGGGUGUGGCCAUUUGGCCAGACAUUUGACCUGAAAUUUUGCCCAACAUUCAACAUACAUGGAUGUCAUCUCACUACUGACCGCACACUGUAUAACCGCUCCCAUGCCGUCCUCAUUCACCACAGAGACAUCAGUUGGGAUCUGACUAACUUACCUCAGCAACCGAGGCCGUCAUUUCAGAAAUGGAUCUGGAUGAACUUGGAAUCGCCAACACACACUCCACAGAAGACUGGGAUUGAACAUCUUUUCAAUCUGACCCUCACUUACCGCCGUGAUUCAGAUAUUCAAGUGCCUUAUGGCUUCAUGAUGGUCAACACAAACUCCUUUUUGUUUGAAAUGCCAAAUAAAGAAAGGCUAGUUUGUUGGGUAGUGAGUAACUGGAACCCUGAACAUGCAAGGGUCAAAUAUUACAAUGAACUAAGUAAAUACCUUGAAAUACAUACCUAUGGGCAAGCAUUUGGCGACUAUGUGAGUGACAAAAAUUUGAUCCCGACUAUUUCCACUUGCAAAUUUUACCUUUCCUUUGAGAAUUCUAUACACAAAGACUAUAUCACGGAGAAACUUUACAAUGCCUUUCUGGCAGGAUCUGUGCCAGUUGUUCUUGGCCCUCCUAGAGAAAACUAUGAGAACUACAUCCCAGCUAGUUCUUUCAUACAUGUGGAGGAUUUUCUCUCCCCGAGGGACCUUUCAGAGUAUCUUUUGAUGCUUGACAAAAAUGACAAACUGUAUAUUAGCUACUUCAACUGGAGGAAAGAUUUUUCAGUGCGCCUUCCUCGAUUCUGGGAAUCACAUGCAUGCCUUGCGUGCGACCAUGUAAAAAGACACCAGGAAUACAAAUCUGUUGGUAAUUUAGAAAAGUGGUUUUGGAAUUAAACUUUUGAACCUUUUGCACUUUAUACUUAAAAAGCAAGAAAAACAAUUAUUUGAAGAUGGAGAAAAACUUCAUCAGUCAAGGGGAUCACUGUUUUUCUUGUCCAUUCUUGGGUACAGCAUAUUCCGUUUAGACUAUUGUUCCUAAAUACGGAUGAUUAAAUUCAGACCCUAACCUAGAACCUUUCUCUAGAAAGUAGGAAGGUAUCUGAUUAUUUAGAUAUGCCUUUGAAAAGAAACUAAGAACGGGCAACCUGAGAGAGAUUUUGAUGGCAUUGUGGAAGCAACUGCCCAACAUGAAAAUCUAGAAGUAGCAAAUCUUGCAGGGGUGGAAAACCCAAUCAGAAACUCAAAUGGAAGCUUUUUGGAGAUCCAUACAUGUGUCUGGCACAAAAUGGAUGCACAAAUUAUUUUUUUCUGAGCCACUGGCAUGGGACCUUAUUUAUUUUAUUGGAAAUCCUGCUAUGUAUAUAGCUGGUUAUAUGCACUGAAGAGUAAUGUUAUUGUUUACCAUUCUUUUAAAAAAAUAUCCCAUUUUUAAACAAAGCAGUCACUGGCCAAUAUAUGUAGUGAUGAUGUUUACAUUGGCUCAGAUCAUUUCCUCUAGGAGUGAGGGAAGAUGAUAAAAAUAAUGAUUUUUUGCAGUGUAGAGGUUCAUGGUAGACUUGUGGAUUUGAGCUUGUGGAACUAGAUUUUUUUAAACAAAAAAACUCUUAGUCAUCCUCUAUACAAAUAUUUUUAAAGCAAAACCCCUCAGAAAAACUUGGAUUUUCCUCUACUUAAGCUUAAUGUCUACUAAGGUUUACAAAA